AUGCCGCGGGUGGUGAGCGAAUCUCAGCAGCUUCAGGGGAAGAGCGAAUCUCAAGAGCUCCAUGAAUGCCUAGAAAAAUUGGAGUUUCUGCGCAGCAGCCAUAGUAAAUCGCAUCAGAGCCUGGAACAGCUCUGCAGCAUGGUCGGCAGCCUCAUAUCCCUCGUGGUUGAGCUGGACGCCGAUCAGUUUGACGUGCUGCACCAUGAGCUGCGGAAGCAAAUCGUGCUGUCGGGAACGCGGGACCAUGUCACCGAGAUUAGGCUUUUCGCCUAUUAUGACAUGGUCGACCGCGACCCUGCAUUGAAGCAAAAGUACUCGUCGCUCUCCACCUUCCUCGACGCCCUGCAUCAGGAGUACACUGAUUUUGUCAACGGGCGCCUUCGGACGCGGCCAUUGAACUCGGCGUUUGGGGAGGCGGUUCAGCGCCUCGGGCUCAGCAACACGGAGUGGCAGCUGGUUAAGACACUCAACAAGGACAGCGUGGCAUUGUUCCACAAGAAGUUUACGAUCGAGGAGCUAGAGACCGAGGUCUUCCCAGCAGACCUCGAGCCGUGCCGGGGAGCCCUCGUGAGGGCAGCUCGCAUGGUUAACAAGCGACGCAAUGCCAUGGCUGCUGGGCCCCAGGCACCCUCGGAUGAUGAUAACUGGGCCUAG